UCUCUUCGUGCUGCAUGGGUUGAAGCGUUUUGUAAAUAUAUUGUGUUCAGCCAGCGAAAGGUGGAAAAAUGGUUCGUAAAUUAAAGCACCACGAAGAGAAGUUGUUGAAGAAGGUGGACUUCAUCAACUGGGAGGUGGACAACAACCUGCACGAGGUCAAAGUGUUGCGGAAAUAUCGCAUCGAAAAGAGGGAGGACUACACCAAGUACAACAAGCUGAGUCGUAACAUCAGAGAUCUCGCUCAGAAAAUCCGAGACCUGGAUGAGAAAGAUGGCUUCAGGGCUCAGAGCACACAUCGACUGCUGGAAAAACUGUACAGUAUCGGUCUCUUGCCCACCAAACAGAAUCUGUCCCUCACAGAGAAAGUCACAGCUUCUUCGUUCUGCAGGAGGAGGCUGCCCAGCAUCAUGCUGAACCUCCGUAUGGCUCAGAACCUGAGGACAGCCAUCACCUUCAUCGAACAGGGGCAUGUGCGUGUUGGCCCAGAAAUCGUCACAGACCCGGCAUUUCUCGUCACAAGAAAUAUGGAAGAUUUUGUCACCUGGGUGGACUCUUCCAAGAUCAAGCAGCAUGUCAUGAAUUUUAAUGAUGAGAGGGACGACUUUGAUCUGACGGCGUAAUGCUGUCAUCUAACAUCCAUGUGUCACCCUGGAGGAGAGGAAAGGGGCAGAUCUGUUCUUGUAACUGUGACGUGAAUAACUCUGCAACCCAGGAGGCAACAGUUUGUGCUUUCACCUCCCCGAAAAAACAUUAACUUAAGUUUCAUCUGAGCCAGGACAGGAAGGACUGAUUUCCAGGCUUUUGCACUCUUCAUAGAGCACCUCCCUUUCUAUUUCGUCAAAAAUUCCAACUAAAAUAUGAUCUAUUGACGAUUAACCAUCCAAAAUAUUUGGGUUCAUCUGAAACUGCAUUCCCGCCCGACAAUAUCUCACGCUCCUCAGCAGCACUCCCAACGCUUGCCGGCAUCUCUCUGGAUGCACAGAACAACUUCCGGAGUUUGUGUCCUAUUCUAUUUCCUGUGCCCCGACGUUGUUUGUUCUUGUUUAAGUUCUUCGGGUAAACAUUAGCUGGCUAAACACGGUCUGUAUGUGAGCGUGGAAAUGCUGGUUUGCAUGUUCGGAUAUCAGCGGGGGCUUUUAAUGUCUGAUAACAUAGUUAAAGGUAUACUGUGCAGGAGUUUUCGGUUACUGUUUGUACUACCACCUACCUCAUGGCUACUUUUUUAUAAAGUCCUGGUAACAGACUAUUUAUAAAGAUGGAUGACACGCAAGUUCCCGAAAAGUGAAGCCAAAACUUCGUGGUUGUUCCCUGGUGGCUGGCUGUAGUGUAGAUCAUUAACCCCUCCAUGUAAUCAGACAUGGGUUACACUGAAAACUCAAUGAACACGUCAGGUGAAUUUACCGAAAGAUGUGUUUUGUCAUGUUAGGCAGCCUGGUGUUUGUACGAGUGCUUUUUUUUUUUUUUUUUUUUUUAUUAGUUUGGUUUUAAUUAGUUAUUUGAUGUAAUAAAAAGGGGGCGUAAUGUCAUGAUUGACAGCUGUGUGUGCCAGUCGGUUUGCUCCCCUUCACUGCCGUCGUUCAUGAUUGGUUGGACGAGUGUUUGCAGGAUCUUGAUAUUGCGGAGAUUCCUACAACGCUGACUCUGUUUCCAUUUGAGGUCAUAAUUCUUAGAUGGCAGAAGCUCCUUCUGAGAUAUUUUGGCUUCAUUUUUGCACAGUGGGACUAAGUGGAGAUGUGUUGUCCAUCUUUAUGUACACUCUUUGGUUCUGAGCCUCU